GACGUCACCUAAAAGUGAUACUAUUACGUAGACAUGUUGUGAUGUGUCCCCUGUCACUUCUCGCUUUUGCCAACUAUUGCUUUUAUACGGUGGAAUCCACGCAACAAAGUAUACCAACAUAUACCACGGCGUACUCCGAGUGCAGCAUGGCGUGUGAUGGACUGAGCAUAGUCUGCUGUGACCACAUAGCACAGGCUUCCAGCUCUGCUUCCAGUCCCACAGUCUAUACUGAGUAUGUUCCCAGACCCUGACAGUCAGCACUUCGAUGAUGCCAGUAAACAUGGCAGACGUGUGCGUAAUUUCCGCCAUGAGCGAGGGAACUGGGCAUCUUAUGUAUAUGCAGUGUUUCACCCCCAGGAGGAAUUUGGGGAGAUGCUGGAGGAAGUGAUCUAUGCAGCCAGGAAACAUGGCAUCGUCCUGACUAAAAUGGAGGAAUUUCACAUCAGUCUAUCACAGACUGUCAUCUUUCGCCAUCACUGGAUUAAACCGUUUGUCCAGUCGCUCAGGGAAAGGCUUUGUUCUGUAAAUCGGUUCCUAUGUGUUGCUGACCAGCUAAAAGUGUAUGUGAACAAAGAGAAGACCAGGACAUUUUUGGGGUUGGAAGUUUCGACCGGACAUCAGCAACUCUUGGACAUUGUGUCUGAAGUAGAUAAGUCUCUACAGGAAUUUAAUUUGGAGACUUUUUACGAGAAUCCCUCAUUCCAUGUCAGCCUAGCCUGGUGUGUGGGUGAAGUGACCAAACCUUUACAAGGGACCUGUCUGCUGGAGCUACAGAAGGUUGUGGAUGAGUUUGAAGACUCGGAUGUUCUGACCCGUUUUUAUGCUGAUGACAUUUUUUGUAAGUGUGGUAAUAAGAUCAUGUCUAUCCCACUCCAUUGACCAACAGGCUGAAGCACUUGGAUGGUUGUAUAGUUCCUCACCCUCAGCACAGUCUUCCUGUAUGUAUAUCAGCUGGGUUAAGAUUUCUAUAAAGUUUUUUUUGGCCCUUUCUAGAGUCUUUUUGUUGCUGCUGCGUGUGCAUCAGUCUUAAACAUAUGUAUAAAACACAAGGGUCUGCAGGGCUAUAACCUAUUGUAAAACAUGUUGGUGGCUUAAUUUAGCACCUUGUUCUGCUGGCCGCUGCUCUAGGAUCAAGGCUGUGGAGUCGGAGUGGAGGAGUCGGACA